GCGAGUAGCAGCGGUGACGGGGAGGGCUGUUUCUCCCUCUCUCCCUCCCUUCCUCUCCCCUCGCGCUUUGGCUGACAUUCUUGUUGCCGCGCAGGGGCUGAGUCCAUGUCUUGGAUGACUUCCCGUCUUACCUAACGAGGGAAGUAUCAUGAAGUGAGCGUAUAUGACAGCAGUCCUGGGAAGCGGGGGCAGAAAGACAGGAGGAGAAGGAAGGGGAUCCCUGGUAGGUUUGAGAGCUCAGCCUUAGGAAGCCAAGAGUGAUUGCACUGGAGGGAAAAGUUUGUACCCAUCUUUGCUAUGAGUAUCAGCUGGUACUGUUGUCUGGGAUGCAGACAUUGAGAUCUCACAAUUCCAGCGAAGGAAGAUGCUCCAGACCAGCAACUAUAGCCUCGUGCUUUCCUUGCAGUUCUUACUGCUGUCCUAUGACCUCUUUGUCAACUCCUUUUCAGAGCUUCUACGCAUGGCCCCUGUCAUCCAGCUUGUGCUCUUCAUUAUUCAGGAUAUUGCCAUCCUCUUCAAUGUUAUCAUCAUCUUCCUCAUGUUCUUCAAUACCUUCGUCUUCCAGGCUGGCCUGGUUAAUCUUCUGUUCCACAAAUUUAAGGGGACCAUCAUCCUGUCGGCAGCAUACCUUGGUUUAAGCAUAACCUUCCACAUUUGGGUUAUGAAUCUCCGCUGGAAAAAUUCCAACUACUUUGUAUGGACAGAUGGGUUGCAGACCCUCUUUGUGUUCCAGAGACUGGUGGCUGUUCUCUACUACUAUUUCUAUAAGAGGACGGCUGUGCAUCUCGGAGACCCCCGUUUCUACCAGGACUCUCUUUGGCUACGAAAAGAGUUUGCUCUAGUCCGCAGUUGAUAGUUGCUUCCUGGUCAUCUGAAGCAGUGGUCAGUCUGCUGUGAUGUCAGAGAGGUCUUAUCAAUAUAUUUGCAGCAUGCUUUCUCCGCACAACUUGUCUCUUAGAGUCUGGUUUUAAAUUUUGUACGGUCAGAUGACUUCAUCCCAUUCCUAAACUCUAUGUACAACAAGCUACUUGUCAAUGAACCCACGCUUCUGUGGAUUCUCUGUUUGCUGCUAUAUUCUUCUUGGCUUCAAAGCACUCCACAUUCCUCCUUUCAGAUCAGUGAACUGCACUUUCUAGAUUUGGCUGCAGCCUUGCUGAGGAACAAUCUGAAGUGCCAAAUAGGUUUGGCUGAGAACUCUCAACAGUUUUCUCCUUGGGAUGUUCUCUUUCCUCUGAGAAAAAGAUCUCCUGGCUUCAUUGGUACCAAUGGCUCAUUGUCGGCAUGAGCAUGACUAGCUGUACAAGGACUAUGCUCUAGCUAUGCAGUAUUCAACCUGAGCACACAUACUCUCAUUGACUUGAUAGAUUCUCCUUUUGUACUUGUGUUUUUAUAAAUUAUAAGAAAAUAAAUCAGGUUUUUUUCCUAAA